AUGAAGUUAGUUCUUCAUCUAAUAAAUUGUAUCAUACUUUAUCUUUUUUUAAAUGAUUAUAAAUUUGGCAUUUUUUGUUUUCGUUCACACAUCGCUCAACCUUCAAUUAAUUUCACAAAAAAUUAUAACAUUUCAGACUCAUGUGAUCAUGAAUUAAAUAAUGUUAUACCGUAUUCUUCCUAUAGACUACUAUUAAGUCCGUCAGAAGAUGUGUUAACUGAGACUAAGGAGUGGAUUCUAACUAAAGAUGAAGAUGAUUUAGCAUCUUCUGCACACUUUGAUGUAAAUUUUAAUGAUUUAUAUUCGUUCAAGGGUCGGUCUAAACAAGGAGUACUUUUAGAAGUAAAGGAUGCAUCCAUUUGUCUUGUAGAUAGGAUACUUUUCGACAAAGUAUCAUUUUCAGUUAAUACAGGUGAAUGCGUAGGAAUUAUAGGAAACAAUGGAGUGGGAAAAUCCUCGAUGUUUGAUUCAAUUUAUGAAAGACUGUCGACAAAUUCAUGUACAAGUAGGAAAAGUGGACUAGAUAAACCACAAAUGUCAGUUUCAAUGGAUAUUACAUUUAAUAUCAAGGAUGAAGAAACGGCUAAUAAUAUCUCAAAUAACAAAUAUCUAUAUUCCUUUGUGUCCAAGCUAAUGGAGCUUGAGAAUUUAAACGAGUCACAACUUAUUAAAGUGUACAAUAGCUUUGAAUAUACUGAAAGUGAUGGAGUGUUUUCUGGAUAUAAUCUCUCAGGCGUAGGAUACAUGAGGCAAAACUAUACACUGGAUCUGAACCCGGAAUCCACAGUGUCUGAACUCAUCUCAAGUGUAUUUGAAUCUUAUAACCUGUGUAACAAUGUUAUGAAUUAUAUUGAGAAGAAUUUAAGCUUCUUUAACAGUUUGAUGUUGGAGAAAUCCUCAAAUGGAUCUACGGGAACUGAGACUGCUAAUAAAAUCGCAGGUGAUAUUUUAUCGCUGUACAACAAUGAAAGGAACCUUAUAACACAAAAAUUCAGAGAAAUGAAAUCUUUAAUUAAGAAACUAGUCUCAAUAUUUGGAAUGGAAUCAGUAAUCGGGUCAACAGUUAACACUCUUAGUGGAGGUUUUAAGAUGAGGCUAUAUCUAUUCAUACUGUUGUUGCAUUCUCCAAGCUUACUGUUACUUGAUGAACCUACAAAUAACCUGGACACAACCACAGUUAAGUUUCUUAUAGAUACAUUGAAAUAUUUGAUGAAGAAUUCUAAUUUGUCAGUACUGGUUGUAAGUCAUGAUACAUUUUUGCUGAACUCAAUUUGUACAUCAAUUUUCCAAAUGCCAGGUGAUGGUACAAUAACACCAUUCAAAGGGAACUUUGAUGAGUUUGUACAAAAGGGUACAAAUGAGAAAAAUGUGAGAAACGCAAGAAUAGAACGUCUGAGGAAGAAUAUAGCUAUUUUGAAUAGAGACAUUCAGGAGUUGAAAGCUAAUAAGAAAGGAUCACUAAACGCAUUAAAGGUUACGAUUUCACAAAAACAGGAAAUGUUGAAUAAAUAUCAGGAGGAGCUUGAUGAACUGGUGGGUUCCCCAAUUUCAAAGUAUACCAAAACUUAUAAUAGAGUACUAUUCAACAUAAAUGAAAACGCAAGAAAUAUAAAAGAAGAUAGUCCAGAAAACACUUUCAACGCGAUAUUCCAGAAAAUAUUGAGGAAAAACCCGUUAUUGAACACAGGUCAGAUGCUUAACACUUUCGGACCAUUAUUCAAGCUAAUUAAUGUUACACUGGAUACACAUACUGGGAAAAGAAUCUUUGAUAAUCUCAAUUUGACAAUUCGUCCAUCUGACCGCAUAGUACUACUGGGUGAAAACGGUAUUGGGAAGACGACUCUUUUGAAACUACUAUUUAAAUCCCAGGCAACCUUUAAAAAUAACCCAGUAUUGGCCCAAAUUAGCUCCAUUGACAAGAAACUACUCUACCAGUCUAUAAAUAACGAUAUAAACACAGUUAUAGACAAGGGAAUAGAUAGGGUAAUGAGUAAAAUGGACAAGAGUUGGAAGUUAUUUGAGCAGAUAAACCAGGUGAACAGGGACAUGACAAACUCUCAGGACUCAGUAUAUAAUUUGGAAGACAUAGAGUAUAGAAUUUUGGUAAACGAACCUUUUAAAUUCAAUUUAGUGGACGGACUAAUGAGCGUCAAUACUGCAAAACUAUCUUACUACUCUCAAAACUGUUCAAAUAUUCUAAACUAUGACAAAACAGUGUAUAACCUUCUUAGGGAUUAUGUGGGAGAUGAAGUUGAGCAAAAUGCACUAGCAGAGUAUUUGGGUUGUUUCCAUUUAGCAGAUUACAUGGACUCUUGUGUUUCAAAUUUGUCAUUUGGUGAAAGGUCAAGACUCCUUCUAUCGUUGCUUCUUAUUAACAAGGCGCACUUUCUCCUGAUGGAUGAACCCACAAAUCACCUGGACUUAUUCAUGAAAAAACUCCUAAAGCUCAUUGUUAAUGGGAUUUAUAAGGGCGGUUUCAUGAUAGCAACUCACGACUUGGACUUUAUAAGGGACUUAAACACCGUUAACUCAUUCAUUUAUAUAUAUUCCAAGGACAAGGUUUUCAGGUUCAGUGAUAAAUUUGGGCCUGAAUAUCUUUGUUUCAAGUCCCAGUUCCCUGAUGCAAAGAGUCCACAAGUUUUGGAUUUCCUUACACAGUGCUCUGGUGUUAAAAAAUAUUCUGAAAUAACCAUCAACACAUUCAAUGAAGAGCCUGAAGAGGAGAAAAAGGUGCUUAAUAAGAAAAAGAAGAUCCAUCCGCCCAAAAAUCCAAACGACAGGUCGAGAAUUAAGAAUAUCAAGAGAUGGAAUUAA